AUGCGUCAAAGAUCCAGUCUUUCUUAUCCUGUUCUGAUCUCACUCUUAUUCGUCUUCCUUUUCUACAGCCUGUUAUCGAGUAAUGGUCAUCACGCAUCUGAAGGAAGGAUAGGCAGUUUUGACAACUCCAUUUUACGAUCAAGACCAGUAACUCAACGCAAAGCAUUAAAAAGCCAGAGAUAUCAAGCGACGGCCAAAAAAUGCUCCAGCUACGUAGAAUAUGCCUCGGUCCCACAUACCAGGGAUACAGAUGAAGCGACACCACUUGAUCUUCCGUUCCAAAGGCCGCCGGAAAACUGCAGAACUUUCAAGUCUUCAACUGUGGAUUUGUUCUUGUCCAAGUUUACCAAAAUGCUGAAAGAUAGAGAUCUGGCAAAAUUGUUCGAAAACACAUUUCCUAACACUCUGGAUACUACCGUGCUAUGGCACGUAACAGCUCGCGAGAAUCAGGAAUCGGUCAAUCACAAGCAAAAACCUUUGUUGUACAGAAAUGACCUCCCAGAGACUUUCAUCGUUACCGGCGAUAUCCAUGCCGAAUGGCUAAGAGAUUCAGCAUGGCAGUUAUCUGUCUACCAGCCCUUUAUAAAGCACGAUUCUAGGCUUAAAGAAUUGCUACAGGGUGCUAUCAAUACGCAAGCCCAAUUGGUGGUGGAAAAUCCGUUUUGCAACGCCUUCCACCCUCCGCCUUAUAGUCACGUUGAAAGAGCCGACAUCACAAUUGACAAAGUACGUCCCUACCCAGAUUGGCGCCGCGUGUUCGAAUGCAAGUACGAAAUUGACUCUUUGGCCUCGUUUCUAACAUUAUCUCGACAAUUUUGUGAGAAUGCACCUCCGGAAGAGCGACUUUCCUUUAUCAAUCUCGAUUGGCUUUUGGCAGUGAAAAGAGUUUUGGAAGUUGUUGUGAAAGAGUCGUCGUCGACAUUCUCAGAUAAAGGAGCCCCCAACCAGUUUCCCUACACUUUCCAACGAGACACGAAUGUGGCAUCUGAAACUUUACCGCUUGCUGGUACUGGCAACCCAGUGAAUAGUGGAACAGGGUUAGUCAGAUCUGCCUUCAGACCAAGUGAUGACGCUACCAUCUUCCAAUUUUUCAUUCCAGGAAACGCUUACAUGUCAGUCGAAUUAGAGGCUUUGUCGCACAUCCUGGAGGACUAUGUCAAUAGCGGAAAGGCAUCAGAGCAAUACAUUCCCGAGAUUGAGGAUCUGAAGAAAAGCUCGGCUGACCUCUCUCAACGAAUUAGGGAGGGUAUUAUGGAGCACGGCAUUGUGAACCACCCAACUUUUGGAGAAGUUUACGCCUAUGAGGUUGACGGCUACGGGAGUUCUGUGCUUAUGGAUGAUGCCAAUAUUCCAUCGUUGCUAUCGUUGCCCGAACUAGGAUUCGUCAGCGUCAACGAUGCCGUGUACCAAAAUACCAGACGGAUGAUCACAACCAAAAAGGGCAAUCCCUACUAUAUCGACGGAGAAUAUUUGCAAGGCAUUGGUGGUCCCCACAUUGGGAUUCACAAUGUGUGGCCCCUCGGCUUGAUUGUGGCUAUUCGUACGUCAGAGAACGAUCAGGAAAUAAGCGAUACUCUGUCAGCUGUUUUGCAUAGCACAGGUGGACUCGGACUAAUACAUGAAUCUAUUCAAGCCUUCAAGCCCGGCGGAGACACGUUUACAAGACCUUGGUUUGCCUGGGCCAAUUCCGAAUUUGCGAAAACCAUUCUUCAUCUAGCAGAGACAAGGCCACACCUCAUUUUUGAUAAACAAUUCCUGGGCGAGGAGUUUGUGCUACAGAGUUUCCUAGCGGCACUGCGUGAAAGUCAGGACGUUAAGCAGGAAGAUCCUACAUGGCCUAAAUGA